CAAUCAAAGAAAUAAAUAAAGAAAGACUCCACCCACCCCCUCCUUCCUUCCUCUCUCCAAUCAUUCGCCUCUCUCUCUUCCUUCUUUUAUAUUUGUUUAGAUUCUUGGAUUGUUAGCGGAUUCGAUCGAAUUCGAACCCACCCUCGAUCUCUCUCUUCUUUAUAUUUUCAGUAAACCACCUUUUUUUUUUCUCUUUUCUGAUCUUAUAGUUUUUAUUCAAGGAACAGCGAAACGAAAUUUAGGGAAGACGGCAAAGAAUGUCGACGGAACAGAAAGAACAAGAACCUAACCCGAAGGGUAACGAUAGGGAUAAUUCAAACGGUGAAAGUGAACAUGAAGAAAAACAACAACAAGAAGAAGAAGAACAGGCUCCAUGUCAGUCGUCGACAAGAACUCCUUUCACUAAUCUCAGUCAGGUCGAUGCUGACCUGGCUCUUGCUCGAACCCUCCAAGAACAGGAAAGGGCAUAUAUGAUGCUUAUGAUGAACAAUGAUGGGAGUGAUUAUGGAAGUUGGGAGGCUGGAAGCUAUUUACAUGAUGAUGAUGAUUUCGGGGAUCCCCAUGAUCAUGAUGAUACUGAUGGCGAUGAUGAUGAUGAUGAUGGGGAGGAGGAGGAGGAGGAGGAUCAGGGGGAAUAUGAUGGCACUGAUGCUGAUAAUGAUGUGGAUGCCUUUGAUGUGCAUGCUCAUACUGAGAAUGGGGAGGAGGAUAACAACCCUGGUGUUGAAUACGACCCAGCUGUUUUUUCCAGUGAUGAGGCGUAUGCUAGAGCGCUUCAGGAUGCCGAAGAAAGAGAAAUGGCUGCUAGAUUGUUCGCCUUAGCUGGGAUUGAUGAUAGAGGAAUUGUUACCUUAGAGGAUCAUGGCGGUAACUCUCAGGAUACAUGGGAGGAAGUUGAUCCUGAUGAGCUUUCAUAUGAGGAACUCCUUGCACUCAGUGAAGUAGUUGGAACUGAGAGCAGAGGGCUUUCAGCUGAUUCACUUGCCUCCUUGCCUUCAGUAACAUACAAGGCAGGAAGCAGUCAGAGUGGCAGCAAUGAUUCGUGUGUCAUAUGCCGUGUAGACUAUGAGGAUGGGGACUCCUUGACAGUGCUUUCUUGCAAGCAUUCAUAUCAUCGUGAGUGCAUAAAUAAUUGGUUGAAAAUAAACAAGGUCUGUCCUGUUUGCAGUGCUGAGGUCUCUACCUCGGGGCAGAGCUAGUAUUUUUGGACAAUCCUCUUCCUCAAGCCUUAAGCCACCUGCUUGUUUUAAUACGCAGAAUGUACCAUCUCUUUAUGGGGGAAAAUACUUUUAUCAACAAAUCUUCCUCUCUAUCCAUUCUGUGCUGUAACCCCUUUGGAAUCUGUUUACUGUCUCUCUUAUGGCCACGAGCCGUGCUUUUUAGACAAGUGACCAUCUUACUCACCAAUCUCUGUUUAUUUUUCUCUUAAUAUACCAAAUGCCUAGCCAUUGAAGAUCUUCAAUUUUAAUACAAAGAAACUGAAAUUGCAUCUGCAUCUGCGUCUGUA